AUGUCGGCCGCCGAUCAAGUUCGUUUGUCCAACUUCUCGACCAUCUUCUCCCUCGAGGGCAAGGUUGCCGUGGUCACUGGUGGCUCGCGCGGUCUAGGUCUGCACGCGGCUUCAGGUUUACUACAAGCCGGCUGCUCCAAAGUCUACAUCACCUCUCGCAAGAAGAACGCCUGCGACGAGGCCGUCGCCGCGCUCAAUGCCCUCCCCAACAAGCGACCGGGUGCCCAGGCUAUUUCCGUCCCAGCCGAUAGCUCUCGCGUGGAAGAAAUCGAACGUCUGGCCGCAGAGAUCUCCAAGACAACCGACCACGUCGACAUCCUCUUUGCCAAUGCGGGCGCCACAUGGGGUGAGAAAUUCGAUACCCACCCGGACAAGAUGUUCUCCAAGGUGAUGGACCUGAACGUCAAGAGUGUGUUUUAUACCAUUCAAAAGCUUGCUCCCUUGCUUCAGGCCAAAGCUACACUCGAGGAUCCCUCGCGCGUCAUCAUCACUGCCUCGGUCGCCGGGAUCGGGAUCGGCUCCGUCGGCGAAAAUGCCACCCCCAGUUACUCCGCCUCCAAGGCUGCCGCGAUUCAUCUCGCCAAGAACUUGGCUGUCGAGUUGGGACCUCGUCACAUCUUGACGAAUGCCAUCGCACCGGGCUUCUAUCCUUCCAAGAUGGCCAGCGGACUGAUCAAUGCCAAGGGAGGCAUGAAGCAGAUGGAAGAGUAUUCUCCCAAUGGCCGUCUGGGCCGUCCCGAGGAUAUUGCAGGGCUGGUCGUGUUCUUGGGAUCGCGGGCUGCAAGCCAUCUCAACGGGGCGGUCAUUGCGACUGAUGGAGGUGCUGUGCUCAAGGGACGAUUGUAG